UAUAACUCUCUAGAAUUUAGGAGAUUGAGAGGGGAUCUUAUAGAAACUUACAAAAUUCUUAAUGGGUUGGACAGGCUAGAUGCAGGAAGAUUGUUCCCGAUGUUGGGGAAGUCCAUGACAAGGGGUCACAGCUUAAGGAUAAGGGGGAAAUCCUUUAAAACCGAGAGGAGGAGAACUUUUUUUCACACAGAGAGUGGCGAAUCUCUGGAACUCUCUGCCACAGAGGGUAGUUGAGGCCAGUUCAUUGGCUAUAUUUAAGAGGGAGUUAGAUGUGGCCCUUGUGGCCAAGGGGGUCAGAGGGUAUGGAGAGAAGGCAGGUACGGGAUACUGAGUUGGAUGAUCAGCCAUGAUCAUAUUGAAUGGCGGUGCACGCUCGAAGGGCCGAAUGGCCUACUCCUGCACCUAAUUUCUAUGUUUCUAUGUUUCUAGCGCUUGAUCUUAGUUUACAGAUACAGCAUGGAAACUCCUUCGGUUCACAGAAUCCACGUCCACCAUCGAUCUCCCGUUCACACGAGCCCUAUGUUAUCCUAUUUACUCAUCCACUCGCUGUACAUUAGGUGAAAUAGACAAAGGCCAAUUGAUCUACAGGCCCGCACGGUCUUGGGAUGUGGGUAGAAGCCGGGUCUCCCGGAGAAAAUCCUCCCGGUCACGGGCAGAACAGCACAGACAGGAGCUCAGGUUGACAAGUUGGUGCCUGCUUUUACAAUCAUGGAACAUGCAAACAGGCCUUUCGGCCCCACUCGUUGAUGUUGCCCAAGAUGCCCCACCUAAUUUGGACCCAUUUGCCUGCGUUUGACCCAUUAUCCUUCUAAAUAUUUUCUACCCAUUGACCCAUCAAUCACUCACCCUUUCAUAUAUUAGUCGUUUGUGUUUCCCAGGCUGAGCAGGUACUAUGGGAAUACGGAACCCUAGUGUUUAAAUGGAGUGUGGGACCCGUACCCGGGUUAAAAUAAAGGAUCACACAAACCCGGGGCCUCUGUUUGUCAGAGGUAUUACGAAAAUGUGGGUCUUGGUGUGUUAACAAACUUUGACCCGUAAACGAACAAAGCAAAUUCCAAUCAAACUCAAAUCACUAAUCCCGUGUAAAUCCAGUCACACAUGUGUCAGUCCCAACCCAGACCUUAUAUUUUAGAGAUAUAGCGUGGAAACAAGUCCACGGCGUCCCCGCCGACCAGUGAACCCGGUAUUAACACUAUCCUGCACAUCGGAGGAAACCAACUCGGUCACAGGGAGAACAUACAAACUCCGUACUGACAGCACGCAUAGUCAGGAUGGAACGUGUCGCUGUAAGGCAGCAACUCCACUGUUGCUCCACUGUGCCGCCACAAACUCUUCUUCAAACUUCCGAAGAUGGGGUCCAGUGACAUUUCCCCCUCUGUCAUUGGAUCUUCCACUUCCUGACCCAUGGACCACAAGCAGCGAAGAUAUGCGACAAAACAUCCACCACAAUAAUUCUCAACACAGUUGCCCCGCAAGGAUGUAUUGGCAUUCCCCUACUAUUCUCCCCAUAGUCGCGGUUGUGCGGACAAACUCUGCUCUGGAUCAUCUACCAGUUUGGAGAUGACACCAUUGUAGUGGGACGAUGUCAAACAAUGAUGAGCCGCUGGAAGUAGAUGAAGGCUCCCGGUUCCCUAAUAAUUUGCCCUAAGGAACUGUCCUUAGGGCAAAUAUCGCCAAUAAUGUGUCCUGGACCAACCACCCUGAAGCUACAGCCAAAGAGGCAGAGAAUGGAGGGAUAUGGAUUAAGAGCUGGCUGGUUAGAGUAGGUCUUGGCAUCGUGUGCAGCACAAACCUCUAAACCCAAUUCUACUGCCUUCUCCUCAUAACCCAUGACACCCGUACUCAUUAGAAUAUAUCCAUCUCCGUCUUAAAUAUAUAAAUUGACGGCGAUCACCAGCCUUCCCUGGCCACGAAUUCCAUAAUUUCUAGAGGUACGUGCUCUUAUUCUGGUCCUAGACUCUCCCACUAGUGGAAACAUCCUCUCCGCAUCCACUCUAUUCAGGUCUUUCACUAUUCGGUCAGUUUUAAUGAAGAGACCCCUCAUCCUUCUAAACUUCCCGUUUCCUAUUGUCCCGCUGUUUUCCGAUUACUGAACGAUCCUCCCACAAACUAGGUCUUUUGUCCCGAUCUUACAAGCUAGAUAAAUGUGGACAUAUUCUCACAAUGACGCCCGCCGAUCCCACCUGACUUUAUCGAACUUUGGUUGUCAAUCAUAUUAAUUCUCCGACUCGUUUUUAAUUUGUUAAUGUCACACAGCCGUUUACUAAUUUCUCCAGUUUACCCAGUCAGUUUCAGGGGGGCACUUUAAUGUGUCCCCCAGUGGGUUUAAAGGGAGCGAGGGACCUGGGGUCCGGUGAGUUUAAAGGGAGGGCGGGAACAGGAGCUCAGUUUACCAAGUUGGUGCCUGUUGCUCGAGUAAUAGAACUUGCAAAGAGGCCCUUCGGACCCACCCUUUGAUGCUACUCAGGAGUCCCCGUCCAAGAUACACCCAUUUGCCUGCGUUUGACCCAUGUUGCUCUAAAUCAUUUCUACCCAUCACUCUCAACCUUCUCUUUCUGAGUCCGUUGUGUUCGCCCAAGGAGGUACCAUGAGAAUACAGAGCCUCGGUGCGAGAGCGAGGGAACCGGUUCCAGGGUGUCUAUAAUGGGACACUGAACGUCAGAGAAAACUAAAUAAUCACUGCGCAAAAAGACACAAAGUUCCGGAGCUACUCAGCGCAUCAGGCAGGCACCUCUGGAAGACGUGGAUAGCUGACGAUUCAUGAAAAGAGGUGUGUACUCGAUAGGCGAAUGAACUAAUUCCGUUGCUGUGUCUUAUAAUCGUAUGACGUAUACAUAUAUGUCGAAAUGCCGUUUGGAAGUCAUAAUCGCAUCUGCUUCCAUAGCUUCAUCCCAUAUGCAGACGAAUGUCUGUGAAAAUAUUAUUAAUCGAUUCCCUCUUACAUCUCUCCAGUCUCACAACCCUCUGCCCUCUAGUUGUAAGAUCAUCUGUCUUGGUAUAAAUACUGCGAGCUUUAGUUAAUCCACAGGUUUGACACGCUUCUGGAGUCAACGUGUCAGGGAAUUGCAGUGGUUUGAAAACUUCAAAUUCCCAUGAGUCAAUAUCCCCAGCAACUUCUCCUGGACCACCCAUAUUGAAGCAAUGACCAAGAACGCACACCAGCGCCUCUACUUCCUUAGAAGGCUUAGGAAGUUCGGCAAGUCCCUGACAACUCUCACUAACUUCAACAGACGCGCUUUGGGAAGCAUUUUAUCAUGUGCCGUCGCAGCUUGGUUUGGGAACAGCUCCAUCCAAGAUCGCCAGAAAUUGCAGGGAAUUGUAGACGCAGCCCAGACCAUCAAACAACCCAUCUUCCCUUCUAUAGACUCCAUUUAUACCUCACGCUGCCUGGGCAAGGCCAGCAGCAUAAUCAAGGACGAGGCGCACCCUGGCCACCUUUUUCUCCCCUCUCCCAUCAGGCAACAGUUAGAGGAAGUGUGAAAACGCACACCGCCAGAUUCAGGGACAGUUUCUUCCCAGCUGUUAUCAGGCAACUGAAUCAUCCUACCACAACCAGAGACCAGGACUGAACUACUAUUUACCUUUUUUUGAUGAACCUAGGAGUCUCCUUGGCCGGAAUUUGCUGGCUUUACAUUGCACUAAACGACGUUCCAUAUCACGAAUCUAUACUCUGUAAAUGGUUCUACUGUAAUCAUUUAUUGUGUUUCUGCUGACUGGUUAGCAUGCAACAAAUGUUUUUUCACUGUUCCUCGGUACACGUGACAAACAACUAAACUAAACUAAACUAAACUAAACUAAACUAAACACGCACAUCAAUGUCGGCCACUAGGAAUAGCAUCCACUUAUUCCCCUGUGUGGCUUCCCUGCUGCCAAGGUAGGAUUCCACUGAAGGCAAAGUUUGCUGCUGCGCCUUUCAUUCCUAAAUAGACUUUGCUCUCUGUUCUGCCUCCUUCCUUUGAGUGAUGAAUGCCAGUGUUGUAGUUUAGCGGUGUUUGAACAUUUUGCAGCAAAUGAAGAGAGCAACUUCUACAUUUCAGAACCAAGAAAAGAACAUUGCGUGAGAUCACCGAUUUAGCUGUUGGUGAGGAAGUGACUGUGGGGUUGUCUUUGCAGAGUUGUGCUGUCGCUCUCACUGCAGCUUGACAGCGUUUGAUUCAUUCUUUAGAUUCACUUCCUCACAGAAACUGCAAAGUCCAGAAACAAUGUUCACAGCCUCGGGGUGAAUAGAAACAAACAGGGAUGACGGGUACCCGGGAAUGAGAUACAGCCUGUAUUGGACUGAAUGGGAUCAAUGUGGGCUCAGUGUGAAUGGUUGGCUGGUGGCUGGUGAUGAAACAGGCUUCAACCAAAAAUGGCUGCCUCCAUCAAAUGUUGUACAAUAACAUUUCCCGUUGUCCCAAUGGAACAUGGAGCAGAGGGGUCACAGGUGGAUGGGGUUACCGGGCAACACAGGGAAAUAAAAAAAGCAGAACGCACUCUACCACCAAAGAGGUUCGUUCCAUACUCCACGCAUCCUCCGCAUAGCAUCUGUUCAUGCAAACAGUAGUGUUGCAUGCAACAUCGUGCACAGCUUGAGUUGCACUUUUGACCACAUCUACACAUCUGGAAGAUUGAAAUUGUGCAAAGUCCAAUCUUCAACGCCCGCCGUCUUCCUUUAUGCUGGACUUCUACUUGUGCGUCCAUGGGGAUUCUUCUUGAGGGGGAUUAAGUUCAGUCAAACCUGUUUGCCGGAUCUAUGUAAGUAAAUCUGACUCCUUAAAACACGUUCUAAUCCUCCCCGUACUUUGUUGAAAGCCUUACUCGCCAAACUUCAACGUUCUCCCAUCCCCAUCCAUUUCCGCUUUCCGUAGAGACCACACUCUCCGCAAACCUUUGGUUCGUCCAACCCUUGAAGGGCUGUAACAUAAAGCCGCACUUAUAAUAUUGAAAGUGCUGCCCAAUGACAGCAAGCGUGCCAUACUCCUUCUUCGCUACAGUACCUAACUGUCACCCCAAAGGCACAGUGUCAUUGUACCUCUGGAUCUGUCUGCUUUGCAGCACUCUCCGGAUGAGAAUGUUUCCACUAGUGGACCAGAGGCUGUGGCCUCUAAAUAGCAGGACAUGCCUUUAGAAAGCAGACGAGAAGGGAUAUAUUUAGACAGAGGUUGCUGAAUCAGUGGAAUUCGUUGCCACCGAAAGCUGUCGAUGCCGUCAAUGGAUAUUUUAAUGACAGAGAUGGAUAAUGUAUUAGUGCGGGUGUCAGGGUUAUGGGUAAAAGGCAACAGAAUGGGAUUGAGAGGGAAAAUAGAUCAAUUGAUGUCAAUGGAUGAGUUGGGGCGGGUGGGGAAUGUGGUGAUAUUGUCCAUACCUAAGUGUCCUUCAGAAGGUGGUGGUGAGGCGCCCCCUUGACCCACCGAGCCGUUCGUGAAGGUUAUCUGGUCACGGCUAAGAUGGAGGAAAAUGCGUAUGGAGACCGCCAUUCAUAAAACAGAGUGAGACACGAUAAGCAAGAGGGCAAACGUUGACAGAGAGCCGGCGGGGAUAUGGAGAGAGGUUUGACAGCAGAUCAGCCGCGAUGUUCUUGACCGGAGGUACAACCUGGAGGGGCCGACUGGUUUCCAGUCGGGAGAAGAUCUAAUGGAGGGAUUUAACAUCGCCUACAGAGAGGAUGUUCCCAUUGGUGGACAGAGAAGAGAUGGUUGGGGGUGAUGCAGGGAGCCUAGUUUUGUAGUUUAGCAACUCCUGAACAUUGUGCAGCAAAUGAAGAAAGCAAAUGGGUCUAGAAUUAAACAGCCGUGAGAGAGGUGGUUAUAGCACUGAGGUGUUGGUGAACAAGUGUCUGUGGGGUUGUCGUUGCUGGGUCCUGCUGUCGCUCCGAUUGCAGGGUGACAACGGGUGAUUCAUUCUUUACAUUCACUUCCUCACACAAACUGGAAAACACAGAAGCAGAUUUCACAGCCGCAAUAUCCUUGGAAACAAAGCGAGAUGACAGCUACCCUGGAAUGAGAUACAGCCUUUGAUGGGUUGAAUUGGAUUAAGGUGGGAUUAAUGUGAAUGGGCCACAUUAAUCCUGCCUAAACCUGCCACACACCUUCCUCGCCACGCUGACUACCCGUGUCGCCAAUUUCUGGAAAAUGUUAACUUGUGUGCUAUUGGGCUCUUUGUUUUCCAGCACUCGCCAGGGCCCCGUCGUUCACAGUGUGCGUCAUUACUUUUGUUAAAUGACUGGCCUUCUAUUCCUUAGCACAUUUUCGCAGUUGAUCUAGAUGAUCAUUAAUUUUGUCUGCCUGUGCUAUUACAUGUAAAGACUCUCUGACGUUCUUUGCAUUCCUCGAGGGUCACUAGGAUUAUGGGAUGGAUACUUGUUGGCACAUUGUACGCAUGCCGGGUUAAAAGGCCUGUUCCUGCACUACACCGCUCCAUGGCGAUAAUGCUGGGGACACGAACAUGCAGAUCCGGAAUCUUGUGCGAAAACCAAAUUGCUGGAAAAAGAUCAGCGGUUCAGGCAACGCCUGUGGAGGAGAAUGGGAAGACGACGUGCCGGGUCUUGACCUCUUUAUUCAGACGCCGUCUGUUAAUGUCCCUUCACGGAUACUGCUUAACCCGCUUAGUUCCUCCAUGACUGAUUUUUGCUCAGGACCCUAACCCUGCUCAGUAUGAAAUGACUAAUUAUCAGUACGUAUAGCAGUUCCUCGAAUCUUUGCCGGAAAUGUAGAAAUACUUGGAGCAAGUUCCGCAUUUCAGCGUCAAGAAGCUCACAGCUGUGGGUGAGGUGGACUCCACACUGAAGUGUUGGCGAUGUGGUCUCUCCGGGGUUGUCUCUGCACCGUCCUGCUCUCCGUCUCAGUCCACGGUUACAAUGUUUCCUACAUUAAUUGGUCAAUGUCCGGUGCUGAUGGGGUGUCUGCCGUGGAAGGGGCCUCCGCUGUGUUGCCGUGUACAUUCACCCACCCAGGCAUUAAUCACAACCUCAGCGGCUCCGUGCUGUGGUACAAGAGGACAUCAUUGUAUCCCAGCAUUGCGUUUAACUGCACAUUUGCCGGUCCCGGCCGCUCCCAAUGCGAUGAAGUGACACAGGAGGCCGGAAGUCGGUUCAAAUUCGUGGGGAACCUCAGAGAGGGAGAUGCCUCGAUAAUGGUGGAGCCACUGAGACGGGAGGACAGGGAUAAGUACCGGUGCCGCCUGGAGCUCAAUGUUGGGAAUUUUCAAUCUGUGAUUCCAACGGAGCUGACUGUGGAAGCUCCCGGCGGGGAUGUCUCAGUGGUGAAUGGGACUGAGGGGGGUUCGGCCACGUUACCAUGUGUGUAUCGGCAAUCCCCGCAUUACCCCAGGGCCCUCACGGUCACAUGGAUGAGGAAGGAUCCCUACCGACACAUCGUCACGUUCAGACCACAAGCUGAUGGAUCCUGGGCGGCGGAGAACGGAGCAACUCGGUUCGAGCUGGUCGGGGACCCAGAGCUGGGAAACGCCUCAACCAGGAUAAAGCAGCUGAGUGUGGAGGACAGUGACGGCUACCUGUGUCUGGUGGAGUUCAACAAAACUGAAAACGACGAUGCGAUAAACAACAUCCACGAACCGUUCAAGAGCAGCGUACACCCCCCGUAUACCCAUCAGUACCAGCGUGAGGUCCAGCUGCAGGUCCAGCUCCGGGUGCGGAUCACACCCGUCACACAGAGUUACAAGGUUCUGAUCCUGUGGAUCCCUCUCGGAUUAAAAACCAUUGUCCUUUUAGUGAUGUGUGUUAUCUUCUACCGUGACAAACUCAGGUACGUAAUGUUGCGUUUCUAUGCCUGGAAUAUAAACUCAAUGACCUUUGGGGUGUGAUUGAAAACUGUGAGGCUUCCUAGGCCGCGCCAACCAUCAUCAUCCAUGCAUUAGUUCUAUCCUGCACUAUAGGGGGCGUUUGCAGAGGACAAUUACCCUACAAACCCGCAAGUCUUUGGGAUAUGGGAGGGACAAAAACCAUGCGGUCACGGGGAGCACGUGGAAACUCCGCACAGACAGCACCCGUAAUCAGGAUCGAACCCGGGACUCUCCGCUGCAAGGCAGCAUCUCUACAACUGCGCCACCGUGGUACCCCUGUCACGUUGGCAAUACAUGGCUCAGGUGCAUCAUGUACCUACAGAUGGAAGAACAGUUUCUUACGCGCUCAGACGCUUUGAGAAAUCCCUCAAAAGAUAAGAAUGUAUUCCCGAUCCUCCAGUCUACCUUGAUGGGGCCCUUGCCCUCUGCCCUUUCUCUGUAAGACUAUAUUCUGCACGGUUUGGGUCUAUGGAAUAAUUUAUCUGGAUGACACGCGAAACAAAGUUUUUUUCCUCCUAUCUGUGUCAAGGUGACGAUAAUAAACCAAUACCUUGCUGCAGGUCAGACAAUCCUCCUCACUGUGAACACAACGAACAAUAUACGUGUCCCCUGUUAAGUUAAUCACCUGUUUCGCAUAUUGAUGUCCACCUCAAAUGUUGUUGUCAAACGCUGACAUUGACAAUAACGUUGACCCUCUGGAGAAUUCCGUUCAAAUCUCCGUCCGAAUCACUUCACAAAUGUAAAUGACGGCUGUGAAUGGAGAUGCCAGGAAUGGUCUUGUGGUAUAAUUACUGAGGCUUGUGUUAAUUGGUCUUGUUGUGUCCGCAGCAAGCGUGGAAGACUGAUCCAUCCGUGGAAGCUGAGCAGACCAGUGUUCCGACUGCAAUAUAACCUGCCUCGCAAUGAAGUCCGCCGAUCCCACCUGCUUUUGCGGUCUGGCUGAUUUUGUCGACCUUUGGUUGUCAAUCAUAUUAAUUAUCCGACUCGCUUUUAAUAUUUGUGUAAUAUAAUAAAAUGCAGUACUUCUAGUUCAAAGGAAAGGUUCUGUACACCGAGAGGGUUUGAUAUCUGGAAUAUGCUAGUAAACAAAGUGGUGGAAAUGAGAUACACCAACAUGUUCGAUAGACGUUUAGACGCAUGAACAGGCUCUUAAUUCGGAAAUAGUUGGAAUGAUAGACAAAGUGCUGCAAAUUCCCAGUUGGUUAGAAGGGGACCGGGCACGAAGCGUCACCUAUCCACGUCCUACAGAGUUGUUGCCUGAUCCACUGAGUUACGCAAGCACAUCGUGUCUAUCUUUGGUAAACACCGGCAUCAGCAGUUCCCUCUUAUUACAAGUUGGAAGGAUAUGGAUCUAAUUGAGGCCAACGGGAUGCAUGUGCAUAGACAAAGAUGGUCAUAUCGACAUGUGUGUCCGAAGGCCCAAUUUCUUCACUGUACAAUUCUCUGACCCAUUGACUCCAGAAGAAUGUCCAAACCUCCGUGCUGUGGCAACCCCUGGAUCCUGACUAACUUAUUUCGAGUCCUUUGCUUUGUAGUGCUGUGCUUAUAAAUCUCAAAUGAUGCAUUGAGCACGCAGGGAACACAACCUUAUUAUUAAUGCAGUUUGCUUAAUUUAAAAUAUUUACAACCUUCGAAGUAAAUUUUAAUGGAAGGGCGAUAAAUCGAAAAUGCUAAUUAAAUUCACUUAUGCAAUACAUAGAGAACAUAACUUUAAUUUUGAAUUCAGUGUGCUUAAUUUCGUAUAUGUAUAAAUCUCUCAAUAUAUUUGAAUGAGAGGGCAACAUGGAACAACGUGUAUAAUGGUUAUUAAAUUCAGAUAUACAAUAA